AYGUAUACGUAAGUGCAUUUGAAAAUUAGCGGUGGGUACCAGAAGCGCUUCAUAAAACACGUUGAAAGUACCCAUAACUGUUACACGUACAGGUUUCAGGUGAAGAGCGGGUACCGUGGAAAAGUAGACUACGGUCCGUUGGCCAGUACGGAACUAGUUUGAUUAUUGAAUUCGAAAGUGUUGGUUUGUUUUCUUCCAGUCAAAAUUAUGAAGUGCUUAUUGUUGGUGGUCUUCGGAUUAGCGGCUCUUUGCUCCGCUACUCAAGUCAAUCAGUGCCCAAAUGAGCACAUUGCCGACUUAGAGAGCAAAGUUUCAAUCGGGGCCUGCAACAAACCGCCGUGCAGAUUAAGAAAAAACACGAAAGUUCCACUUACGUUUAAAUUCCAGCCAGAGUUCAAUUUCAAAAAUUUGACUCAAGUGGUUAACGCCAAUCUUCUGGGUAUUCCAUUCCCUUUCGUGGGAGUGGAUGGGACGACUGCCUGUGAUAAAAUUUAUGAAGAGGACGAGAAAACCAAAAAUAACUGCCAGUUUCAAAAGGGCAAAAGUUACGUUUUUAAAAACACCAUCGAUGUUUUGCAAAUUUAUCCUAGGGUGAAAACCGUUGUUCAUUGGUCGCUCACCGAUCCUCAAACAGGAAAGAAUGCGAUUUGUUUUGAAGUUCCAGCUAGGAUCACUAAUUAGCUUUUUCCCCCAUAUUUGUAUAAUAAAAAUGCAAUACUAUACUUUCUGUUAGUGCCUAAAAAAAUUGUAUACGCAAGACUUUAUUUAAUUGUUUUACAUCUACGAGUGAAAAUAUGAAAAACAACUACAGGAGAAUGUGAUGUUGUUUCAUGGUCGAAUUAUCUUUGUGGUAAGAUGUGCAAUCUGAAUUUCAAUUGAUCACAUUAUGCAAGAAUGUUAAACGAGAAACCAGAUUUUAAUAUUUAAAUUUGGUCAUUUGUAGUUUGGGUCAUGUUAAAACCGACAUGAAUAUUUUUGUUUGAAUGGAAUUGAAUUAUUUAAAGCUGAUUUAUAUUGAAAUAUUUUUUUAUUUGUAUUAUUAGAAACAUUUCUGAAUUAUGCAGGAGUUGUUACCAAUAUAUAAAGCAAAUCAAUGCAAUAAAAGCCAAGUAGUUCUUAAA